AUGGCCCAAACAGACCAAAUCCACAAAGACGCAUCCCUCGUCUACAACUACCACCGCAUGAACCUGCCCCUCCUCCGCCCCGCCGACGCAAUCUUCUGCCUCUGCAGCCUCGACGUCCGCGUCGCCGCCCACGCCGCCCGGCUCUACCUCGACGGCGUCGCGCCCUGCCUCAUCUUCUCCGGCGACUCCGGCAUCCUCACGGAGGGUCUCUUCAGCGAGCCCGAGGCCGUCGUCUUCGCCGCCGUCGCGCGCGGCAUGGGCGUGCCCGAGGCCAGCAUCAUCGUCGAGCCCCGCGCGCGCAACACGGGCGAGAACGUGCGCUUCACGUACGACCUGCUGCGCGAGAGGGGCCUGCUGGGCGGGUUGAGGCGCUUGGUGCUCGUGCAGAAGCCGUACAUGGAGCGGCGCACGUACGCGACGUUUCGGAAGCAGUGGCCGGAUGCGGGGACGCUGUUUACCGUGUCUUCGCCGGCGUUGAGCUUUGACGAGUAUCCUGAUGCGAGCAAUCCGAGGGAGCUGGUGACGAGCAUCAUGGUGGGGGAUUUGGUGAGGAUUAGGGAGUAUCCUGCCAAAGGGUAUCAGAUCGAGCAGGAGAUUCCCGAGGAGGUGUGGGAGGCGGGGAGGAGGCUUGUGGAGGCGGGCUUCGAUAAGCAUUUGCCUUGA